AAGACCUCCUCCAAUUCCUUCUAUAGCAAACCGAUAAUUUAAGCUCCAUAAAUGCAUAAUGCCUGAAUUACAUUGCUCGUCAAAUCAAAACAUAUUUCACACAGAAUUCAGGAUUCUAUUCCAAUGGCUAAGAGUUUCUUAGCAUCAUUGCUUCUCUUCUUUCAGAUAGUUUGGUUCAUUUCUCUUCCUGCCGAAGCUGCAAUCAAGAAAUACCAAUUUGAUAUUCAAGUGAAAAAUGUUAGCAGGCUAUGCCAUGCUAAACCCAUUGUUACAGUUAAUGGGAUGUUCCCAGGGCCAACCGUAUAUAUCAGGGAAGGCGACAGAGUUCUCAUUAAUGUCACAAACCAUGCAAAAUAUAACAUGUCCAUUCAUUGGCAUGGAUUGAAGCAAUUUCGCAAUGGAUGGGCAGAUGGACCCGCUUAUAUAACACAAUGCCCCAUCAAGACAGGGCAUAGUUAUGUCUAUGAUUUCAAUGUAACUGGACAAAGAGGAACAUUAUGGUGGCACGCGCACAUCUCUUGGCUGAGGGCCACUGUCUAUGGUGCUAUUGUCAUCAUGCCCAAACAGGGGACCCCUUUUCCAUUCCCUCAGCCUCACCAAGAAACGAACAUAAUUUUAGGUGAAUGGUGGAACAAUGACGUUGAAGAACUUGUUAAACAAGGGAACAAGCUGGGAUUGCCCCCUAAUGCCUCAGAUGCACACACAAUCAAUGGAAAGCCGGGGCCAUUGUUCCCUUGUUAUGAAAAACAUACAUAUGCAAUGGAGGUAGAACAAGGAAAGACAUACCUCUUGAGAAUCAUCAACGCCGCACUCAAUGAUGAACUCUUCUUUGCCAUUGCUGGCCACAACAUGAUGGUGGUGGAAGUUGAUGCAGUUUACACCAAGCCAUUUUCUACAAAUGCCAUUCUAAUUGCACCAGGACAGACCACCAAUGUUCUUGUUCAAGCCACACAAGCCCCAGGAAGAUAUUUCAUGGCCGCUAGGCCGUUCAUGGAUGCACUGCUUCCCAUAGACAACAAAACCGCCACUGCCAUACUCCAAUAUAAGGGUGUCCCAACCACUGUCCUUCCAAUCCUCCCCCAGCUUCCUGUACCUGAUGACACCGACUUUGCCUUGAGCUACAAUGCCAAACUCAGGAGCUUGAAUUCUCCACAAUUCCCUGCAAAUGUUCCCCUUAAAGUGGACAGGCAUCUUUUUUACACAAUUGGUCUGGGGAUAAACCCAUGUCCAACAUGCAUCAAUGGCACACAGCUCAUAGCAUCUUUGAACAACAUCUCAUUUGAGAUGCCCCAAAUUGGACUUCUCCAGGCUCAUUUCUUCAACAUCAAGGGAGUGUUCAGGACAGAUUUUCCAGACAAACCUCUAACGCCUUUCAAUUACACCGGAGCACCAUUGACAGCCAACCUUGCUGCCAAUAUAGGCACCAGAGUUAGCAAGAUAACCUACAAUUCCACAGUUGAGUUGGUGCUACAAGACACCAAUCUUCUUACAGUUGAAUCCCAUCCAUUCCACCUUCAUGGUUACAAUUUCUUUGUGGUUGGGACUGGAAUUGGCAACUUUGAUCCUAAAGAAGACCCCGCUAAAUUUAACUUGGUUGAUCCUCCUGAAAGAAACACAGUUGGAGUACCCACAGGCGGCUGGACUGCUAUAAGGUUCAGAGCUAAUAAUCCAGGAGUGUGGUUCAUGCAUUGUCAUUUGGAGCUUCAUACCAGCUGGGGUUUGAAGACAGCAUUUGUGGUAGAGGAUGGAAAAGGAGCAGAUCAAACUAGGAAUGUUAAAGAACACUUUCCAUUUUAAUUUUGUUUACAUCUUUUUUAGAUCAUUUUUAUUUAAUUUAAACACAUGAUAUAAAUUUAUUAUAAUUAA